AUGCUAAUCUUUCCUCUUCUCUACCUCUGUUUCCUCUUCUCUAUCCGCUCUUUCCUCUUCUCUAUCCGCUCUUUCCUCCUCUUUAUCCGCUCUUUCCUCUUCUCUAUCCGCUCUUUCCUCCUCUUUAUCCGCUCUUUCCUCUUCUCUAGCAGCUCUUUCCUCUUCUCUACCUCUCUUUCCUCUUCUCUAACUGCUCUUUCCUCUUAUCUACCUCUCUUUCCUCUUCUCUAUCCGCUCUUUCCUCCUCUCUAUCCGCACUAUCCGCUCUUUCCUCUUAUCUACCUCUCUUUCCUCUUCUCUAUCCGUUCUUUCUCUACCUCUUUCUCUUCUCUAUCCGCUCUUUCCUUCUCUCUCUUUCCUCUCCUCUAUCCGCUCUUUCUCUUCUCUAUCUCUCUUUCCCUCUUCUCUCUAUCCUCUUUCCUCUUCUCUAUCCGCUCUUUCCUCUCCUCUAGCAGCUCUUUCCUCUUCUCUACCUCUCUUUCCUCUUCUCUAUCUGCUCUUUCCUCUUCUCUACCCGCUCUUUCCUCCUCUUUAUCCGCUCUUUUCUCUUCUCUACCUCUUUCCUCUUCUCUCCUCUUUCCUUCUAUCUUUUUCCUCUUCUCUAUCCACUCUUUCCUCUUCUUUAUCCGCUCUUUCCUCUUCUCUAUCCGCUCUUUCCUCUUCUCCUCUCUUUUUCCUUUAUCCUCUCUUUCCUCUUUACCUCUCUCUUCUCUAUCCUCUCUUUCCUCUUCUCUAUCCUCUUUUUUCUCUAUCCGCUAUUUCCUCUUCCUACCUCUUUUUCUCUUCUCUAUCCGCUCUUUCCUCUUCUCUUUAUCCUUUCUUUCCUCUUUCUCUUCUCUAUCCUCUUUCCUCUUUUCCUCUUUCCUUUCUCUAUCCGCUCUUUCCUUUUCUUCCUUUCUUUCCUCUUCUCUAUCCUCUCUUUCCUCUUCUUAUCUACCUAUCCGUUUUUCCUCUUCUCUAUCCGUUCUUUCCUCUUCUCUAUCUCUCUUUCCUCUUCUCUAUCUGCUCUUUCCUCUUCUCUACCUCUCUUUCUCUCUUCUCUACCUCUCUUUCUCUUCUCUACCUCUCUUUCCUCUUCUCUAUCCUUCUUUCCUCUUCUCUGCUUCUUUCCUCUUCUCUUCCUAUCCACUUUCCUCUCUUCUCUAUCCUUUCCUCUUCUCUAUCCUCUUUCCUCUUCUCUACCUCUCUUUCCUCUUCUCUAUCCGUUCUUCCUUCUCUCCUCUCUUUCCUCUUCUCUACCUCUCUUUCCUCUUCUCUAUCCGCCUCUUCUCUAUCCACUCUUUCCUCCACUCCGUUUUCCUCUUCUCUACCUCUCUUUCCUCUUCUCUAUCCGUUCUUUCCUCUUCUCUACCUCUCUUUCCUCUUCUCUAUCCACUUCUUCUUUCCUCUUCUUUUCCUCUUCCUAUCCUCUUUCCUCUUCUCUAUCCGUUCUUUCCUCUUCUCUAUCCUCUUUCCUCUUCUCUACCUUCUCUUUCCUUUCUCUAUUCUCUUUCCUCUUCUCUACCUCUCUUUCCUCUUCUCUAUCCUUCUUUCCUCUUCUCUACCUCUCUUUCCUCUUCUCUAUCCAUUCUUUCCUCUUCUCUACCUCUCUUUCCUCUUCUCUACCUCUCUUUCCUCUUCUCUAUCCGCUCUUUCCUCUUCUCUACCUCUCUUUCUCUUCUCUAUCCGCUCUUUCCUCUUCUCCCUCUCUUUCCUCUUCUCCUCUUCUCUUUCCUUUCUUUCUCUUCUCUACCUCCUCUUUCCUCUUCUCUACCUCUCUUUCCUCUUCUCUACCUCUCUUUUUCCUCUUCUCUACCUCUCUUUCCUCUUCUCUACCUCUCUUUCCUCUUCUCUAUCCGCUCUUUCCUCUUCUCUAUCCUCUCUUCUUCUCUAGCCGCUCUUUCCUCUUCUCUAUCCUCCCUCUUCUCUAUCCGCUCUUUCCUCUUCUCUAUCCUCUCUUUCCUCUUCUCUAUCCGUUCUUUCCUCUUCUCUCCUCUCUUUCCUCUUCUCUUCCUCUUCUCUAUCCCCUCUCUUUCCUCUUCUCUAUCCUCUCUUUCCUCUUCUCUAUCCGUCUUUCCUCUUCUCUACCUCUCUUUCCUCUUCUCUCUCCUUUUCCUCUUCUUUCCUCUUUCCUCUUCUCUAUCCUCUCUUUCCUCUUCUCUAUCUCUCUUUCCUCUUCUCUACCUCUCUUUCCUCUUCUCUAUCCAUUCUUUCCUCUUCUCUUCUUUCCUCUUCUCUAUCCGCUCUUUCCUCUUCUUCUCUCUUUCCUCUUCUCUAUCCUCUUUCUCUAUCCGUCCGUUUUUCCUCUUCUCUACCUCUCUUUCCUCUUCUCUAUCCGCUCUCCUCUUCUUUUUCCUCUUCUCUAUCCAUUCUUUCCUCUUUCUUUCUCUUUUCCUCUUCUCUAUCCACUCUUUCCUCUUCUCUAUCCGUUCUUUCCUCUUCCUCUCUUUCCUCUUCUCUAUCCAUUCUUUCCUCUUCUCUACCUCUCUUUCCUCUUCUCUAUCUUUCCUCUUCUCUACCU